UAUAGAGUCUUCAACCUUUGAUCACAGAAUCACCUAGUCCCAAUAUUCCUCAUACUCAAGUUGCAUAUUCUUAUUUCCUCUUCAUCUUCUUCAUCCAACACAAGAGCGGAGCUACUACUUCGAGCUAAGCCCAACAAGAUGAUGAGCAUUCGCCUUCCUCUUUCAAUUCUUGCCAAGAAGCAGGCAGCUGGCAUCCCUAAGGGGCAUUUUGCAGUGUAUGUGGGCGAGAGUCGAAAGCGGUUUGUGAUUCCAACAUCCUACUUGAAGAAUCCUACCUUCCAAGCAUUGCUAAGAAAAGCAGAAGAGGAGUUCGGUUUCGAGCAUCACAGUGGCCUCACAAUUCCAUGCAAUGAAGACGUCUUCCAAUCAUUCACAGCACAAAUGGCAUGUGCAUAGAGGAAGCAAAUCAUCACCCAAUUUUGGUUUAGAGCAGAAUAUGUUGUUGUGUAUAUAGAGGGAUCAAAAUCCCAUCAUUACCAAUCACAAAAAUGAAUAGAAUUUCUUUUCACAAA